AUGCCGCCAUUAGCGGCCAACAGGGUCACCCUCGGGGAGUUAGCCGACCUGGCGAUCGGCACUCCAGAGGUGGGAGCGGUGAACUUCACGGCCCUGCAUACCCUGAUAGUGGCCAUGCUCAAGAGCCUCAACCUCCAAGAGGUAGUGAUUGACUUCCACUACCCGUCGUCUGUUGAGUCUAGCCGCUCAGCUGAGUCGAUCCGAGGCUCCAUCAGCACCCCGCAAGUGUCAACCAGCAAAGAGAAGCGCCGGAGUGUGACCAAACAGUCAUCUCAGCAGACCCUGGAGAGCCAGCUGAAGGACCUGGACAGCCAGGUCCAGGACCUCACCAAGCAGUUUAAGAAUAUGGACAACAUAGUGCAGGGCAUUGCCACGCACGUGGAACACAUCUCCACAGCCACUGAUCCCUUCCAGGAGUUCCCCAAGACGGAAGAGGAGAUGGCUCUGCUGGUCCCACGUUUAUCCCCACAUAUAUCCCCACGUUUAUCCCCACAUAUAUCCCCACAGACAUCUCUGACAAAGGCCGUCAAGAUCUCCAAAUCCACGGAGAUGCUGGACAAGUCUGAGCCCACAGAGGGGAUGCCCCCCGAGACACAACCAAAGCCGGGAAAGACUCAGAAAGGUACCAGCCCAGCCAAGUCCUCGAGUGCGCUCCAAGACCUCAUAGAAGACGUGAAGGUUCUGAAAGAAGCCCACCAGAAGGUGCAGGAGUCAUCUGAGCUGAACGUCCAGGAACUCCUUCAGCGUGUUAAUGAACUCGAGAAGGUAGUCAAAGACCGAGAAGAAUACCUGGAUCAAUUGAAUCGGAGGCUGAAUCUUGCUCCAGGUACUGAAGAAAUCACCAUGGUCACCUGGGAGGAGCUGGAACAAGCAAUCGCUGAUGGCUGGAAGGCUUCAAGAGGGAGCUCAGACUCCUCGACAGCAACGUUUGGCAAGCGUAGAAUGACAUUGUUGGCGUCGAGCGACCUUCCAAGUGGACUGCUUCCCAAGACCUUCACUGCUGACCAGGCUCUGGCUUCCGCUGGUGGCCCAGAACCGAUGCUAGCCAGCGGUGGGGAACGCCCCCCUGAAAGGAUCGUUAGCAGAGACCAGAGCAGAUCCAGUUCUGUAUUUCGAGAUCCGCACUCACGGGCCCGGGAGCCAUCCCAGGUCACAUCAGAAACAGAUCGCCAGAGGAUGAGAGAGUCUGUGGCUCCCACAGGCAAAAGAAGAGAUGAGCAACAGCCUGGCCCAACCCCAAAAGUGUUACCUCCGGUCAGAGACCAGCAUGUUGGGGUGCCCACUAGUCAGGACCAAGUCUUGCCAAGGCCAGAGGAGCAUAGGACUGAACCAUUUGGUAUGGAUCAACCUCCAGUGCUCUAUCCUGGCCCUUACCCUCCAGCUGUGAUACCCCUCACUAUACCUCAGCUGGGCGUAUUACCGCCAGAGAUGGAUGACCAGGGAUUGGUGCCUCUCCCUAUGGAUCAGAGUGGUGUACUGCCACCGUCAGUACCUGACAGGGGUCAACAAAGACUGGAAAAAGCUAGUACAGCUCAGCUUGCUACAGUUCCACUCACCAUGUAUCAACAAGCCGUGAUGGUUCCUAGAACAGACCAACAUGGCAUGGAACAGGCUGUCAUGUAUGACAGUGGUGUGGGACCAUGGGACACGAAUAGACAAGGGUUGAUACCAAUUGGCAUAAAUCAGCAAGGAUUUGUAGUAUUAAGCACAAGUCAGCAAGGACUAAUCACCCCUGGUGUGGAUCAGCAGGGACUGGUAAUACCUGGCAUAGAUCAGCGUGCAUUCCCUCCAUCUCUUCCAGAUCAAUAUGGCUUGAUGUCACCUGCUUUGAUGCAAGUUAGUACAGAUCGACAGGGUUUUGGACAGCCGAGCUUAGUAGCACCAGUCUUCACACAACCUGGAGCAGAACAGCGUGGCUUGAUCCAGCCUGAAGCAGAUCAGCGUGGCUUGGUGCAGCCCGUUGUAGAUCAGCAUGGCUUUGUGCAGCCCAUUGUAGAUCAGCGUGGCUUGGUGCAGCCCAGUGUAGAUCAGCGUGGUGUAGUACAGCCUGGUAUAGAUCAGCAUGGCUUGGUGCAGCCCAGUGUAGAUCAGCGUGGCUUGGUGCAGCCCGGUGUAGAUCAGCGUGGUGUAGUACAGCCUGUUGUAGAUCAGCAUGGCUUGGUGCAGCCCAGUGUAGAUCAGCAUGGCUUGGUGCAGCCCAGUGUAGAUCAGCGUGGUGUAGUACAGCCUGUUGUAGAUCAGCAUGGCUUGGUGCAGCCCAGUGUAGAUCAGCGUGGCUUGGUGCAGCCCAGUGUAGAUCAGCGUGGUGUAGUACAGCCUGGUGUAGAUCAGCGUGGUGUAGUACAGCCUGGUGUAGAUCAGCGUGGUAUAGUACAGCCUGGUGUAGAUCAGCGUGGUGUAGUACAGCCUGUUGUAGAUCAGCGUGGCUUGGUGCAGCCCGGUGUAGAUCAGCGUGGUGUAGUACAGCCUGGUGUAGCUCAGCGUGGCUUGGUGCAGCCUGGUGUAGAUCAGCGUGGCAUUGUACAGCCUGGUGUAGCUCAGCAUGGCUUGGUGCAGCCUGGUGUAGAUCAGCGUGGCAUUGUACAGCCUGGUGUAGCUCAGCGUGGCUUGGUGCAGCCUGGUGUAGAUCAGCAUGGUGUAGUACAGCCCGGUAUAGAUCAGCGUGGCUUGGUGCAGCCCGGUGUAGCUCAGCGUGGCUUGGUGCAGCCUGGUAUAGAUCAGCAUGGUGUAGUACAGUCUAGUGUAGAUCAGCGUGGCUUGGUGCAGCCUGGUGUAGAUCAGCGUGGCUUGGUGCAGCCCGGUGUAGCUCAGCGUGGCUUGGUGCAGCCCGGUGUAGCUCAGCGUGGCUUGGUGCAGCCCGGUGUAGAUCAGCGUGGCUUGGUGCAGCCUGGUGUAGAUCAGCGUGGUGUAGUACAGCCUGGUAUAGAUCAGCGUGGCUUGGUGCAGCCUGGUGUAGAUCAGCGUGGCAUUGUACAGCCUGGUAUAGAUCAGCGUGGCUUGGUGCAGCCCGGUAUAGAUCAGCAUGGUGUUGUGAAGCCCGGUGUAGAUCAGCAUGGCUUAAUGCAACCCGGUGUAGACCCGCGUGGAUUGGUACAACCAGGUGCUUAUGCCCCUGGAUUGAUGCAACCUGGUACAGUUCAGGAUAGUUUGGUACAACCUAGAAUGGAUCAGAGUGGCUUUGUGCAGCCUGGUGCAGACUGGAGUUAUGCGCAGCCUGGUGUAGAUCAACUCGAUAUGGCACAACCAGGUGCAGUUCAGCGUGGCCUGGUGCAACCUGGGACAUUCCCUGGUGGUUGGAUGCAGCCUGAUACAUAUUCACCUGGCUUGGUCCAACCUGGUAUAGGUCAAUAUGGUUUGGUUCAGCCACGUGUAGCACAACGUGGUGAAGAUCAGCGUGGUUUGAUGCAACCUGUCAUAGAUCAACUCGAUUGGAUGCAACCUGGUUCGGUACAACCUGGUGCAGAGGAGAGCAGCUUAUCCCAACCUGGAAUGGGUCAACAGGGUUUGGCACAACCUGGCAUGGAUCAGCAGGGUUUGGCACAACCUGGCAUGGAUCAGCAGGGUUUGACACAACCUAGGAUGUAUCAGUAUGUUUUUGUGGGACCUGGUGCAGUUCGGCCUGGUUUGUUGCAGCCCAGGGCAGCUGGGCUUGGUAUGAUGCAGCCAGGAAUAGUUCAGCCUGGUGCAGGCCCUCUUGGUUUGGUUCAGCCUGGUGCGGGUCCUCUUGGUUUGUUUCAGCCUGGUGCAGGUCCUCUUGGUUUGGUUCAGCCUGGUGCAGGCCAUUUUGGUUUGGUUCAGCCUGGUGCGGGCCUUCGUGGCGUGGUUCAGCCUGGUGUGAGCUCUCAUGGUUUGGUUCAGCCUGGUGUGCACGUGCCUAGCGUGGCUCCACUUGGUGCAUCCCCUCCUGGUUUUAUUCAGCCUGGUGCUUCUCCUCAUGAUUUUUCUCAACCGGGUGUCUAUCCGCAUGUUUUGAGACAACCCAUUUCAAGUCAAUCAGGCUUCAUAGCCCCAAGCAUAGAACUCCGUGGCUUUCCAUCAGAUCUAUAUGUAACUCCUGAACAAGCCAGGCAAGGUGUAUUUCCUGCCACGGACCGUCAGGGUGCAGACCAUCAAGGAGCGAGGAUCCAGUAUGAUCCAACUGCCCUGGGCUACCCUAGCCAAGAACACACACUUGAUGUGUCUAGCCAGGCCUCUUGGGAUCCCAGCAGGAAACCUGCCUUAGUUCAGUUUGAAUUGGCGACCGCAGACCAAGACACUGACUCCAGUACUCGAGUGUCCUUGAGUUACCUCCACCAGGUCUCAUCAGGCAGUGAGGUCCACAGCGAGCGGCGGGAGUCGCUGGAGAAAUUGGCCCCAAGCUUCCCCAUGGCGGUGGAAACAUUUCGUCUGAUGGGCGAGAUUGUUGGCCUCUAUACGGAACUGAAGGAGCACAUGAAGGAUUUGGAUGAGGAACUCACCGGCCAGACAGAAUUGGAGAAAGUUCAGUACCUGCUCUCCAUGAUGGUCAAAAAGACCAUACCUCAGGACCUGCAGGAGCAGAUGAAGAGCCUGAAGACCUUGGCCAAGGAAGUGCGGAAGGACAAGGACAGACUGGAGAAGAUACAGAAGCUGAUAGAUGGCGAAGGCCCUGCGGGGAAGGAGGUGAAGCCCAGUCAACUGACCUUGCAGCUGGGGAUCCUCAGGGUCACGGUCUCGGAUAUCGAGAAGGAGCUGUCCGAGCUGAGGGAGAGCCAAGAGCGAGGCAAGGCCGCCAUGGAGAAUUCAGUCUCUGAAGCCUCCCUCUACCUACAGGAUCAGCUGGACAAGCUCAGAACCAUCAUUGAGAGCAUGCUGAGCUCCUCCUCCACGCUGCUGUCCCUGAGCAUAACCCCGCACAAGUCCACCAACACCCUGGUGCCCGGCCAGCUCGACCCUGAGGCCACCUGCCCAGCCUGCAGUCUGGAUGUGGGCCACCAAGUCAGCCUGCUGGUCCAGCGCUAUGAGCAGCUGCAGGACAUGGUCAGCGGCCUGGCUGCCUCAAGGCCCUCCAAGAAGGCCAAGCUGCAGAGCCAGGAUGAGGAGCUGCUGGGUCACGUGCAGAGUGCCAUCCUGCAAGUCCAGGGCGACUGUGAGAAGCUCAACAUCACUACCAGCAACCUCAUUGAGGACCAUCGGCAGAAGCAGAAAGACAUUGAAGUGCUGUACCAGGGCCUAGAGAGGCUGGAGAAGGAAAAGGCUGACCGAGAUCACCUGGAGAUGGAGAUCGAUGUUAAAGCAGACAAGAGCGCUCUGGCGUCCAAAGUGAGCCGGAUCCAAUUUGACGCCACCACCGAGCAGCUGAAUCACAUGAUGCAGGAACUGGUGGCCAAGAUGAGCGGACAGGAGCAGGACUGGCAGAAACUUCUGGACAAGCUCCUGGCGGAGAUGGACAGCAAGCUGGACCGCCUGGAGCUGGACCCGGUGAAGCAGAUGCUGGAGGACCGCUGGAAAUCGCUGCGGCAGCAGCUCAAAGAGCGCUCUCCGCUCUACCAGGCAGACGAGGCAGCUGCCAUGCGCAGGCAGCUCUUGGCUCAUUUCCACUGCUUGUCCUGCGACCGUCCCUUGGAGACAUCGGUGACCGGACAAGUCCUCUCUAUGACCCCUAUAGUUCCCAGCAUGCCCGGGCACCGUUCUAUCCGGCCUUAUACUGUGUUUGAGCUAGAGCAGGUCCGACAGCAGAGCCGCAACCUAAAGCUGGGCAGCAGCUUCGCGCGGGGCGACCUGUCCCAGAUGGAGCGGAGUGUGGGGCGUCUGCGCAGCAUGCACUCCAAAAUGCUGAUGGACAUCGAGAAGGUGCAGAUCCACUUCGGAGGCUCCGUGAAGGCCAGCAGCCAGAUGAUCCGAGAGCUGAUGCACGCUCAAUGCCUCAGCCAUCCGUGCUACAAACGGGGGGUGGAUACGGCAGACUAUACCUACUCCACGGUGCCCCGGCGCUGUGGGGGCAGCCACACCCUCACCUACCCUUACCGCCGAAACCGCCCGCAGCACCUGUCUCCGCUGGAGGAGAUCCAGAUUGCCAUGAAGCAUGAUGAGGUUGAUAUCUUGGGCCUUGAUGGACACAUCUACAAGGGACGAAUGGAUACAAGGUUGCCAGGCAUCCUAGGGAAGGAUGGAAUGACAAAGCACAAGUCCAAGCAGCUGCAGCAGCUCCAGCAGUUACAACAGCUGCAUCAGUUGCAGCAGAUGCAGCAGCUUCAGCAGGCUCAGCAGGCCCAACAUGCCCGGCCCCACGUGCACAGACAGCCUUCCCUGGGCAACAGCGGCCUGCCACCCUCUCGGCCUCAGAGUGCACAGAUGUUGGCUGACAGCAAUUCAGUUCCUUCAGGGCAAAAGAAAGACAGACCCGUCUCCUCUGAGGGGCGUCUCUCCCAGCCGAAUGUGGCCCACGCAUCCAUCCCCACAGAGAUGGCAAGUCUGCAGGGCAGCCCAUCUGGUCUGAAUGUACACAUGGAUGUGCCUCCUAGGGAGGGGAUGGAGGAGCCCACCCGGGGACCGAGGUCCACCACUGCUCACUAA